GAGAGAGAGAGGGGGGUGGCCAGAGAUGGAAGGUCUUAUCAAGGGUUUGAUAGACGUAGCCCUUGGUGGCGGCCGCGACGACGGCGAGGACGCCCCUCGAACCCAGUCCCCUCCUCGCGAGGAGGAGCGCUCCCGAUCCACCUGGGCCGAGGUGGUUUCAUCCGGGCAUCAUGAGGAAGCGGAGGAGCGACAUAGCAGCUAUCGUUACGAUCAAAGCCCAUGGAGCUCACGAAAGGACGAGAUCAGUCAUCCUUAUGCUCAGAGCUCAUGGAGUUCAACAAAGGAGGGUGGCGUGGAGAAAACUGAUGGAGAUUGGGAAGUUGUGGGCAGAAGGCAGCAGCAUCACCGAUCUCCCAGAAGACAUCAAAUGGCACCAACAGACACCUGGCAUAGAUAUAAAGUUCCACCUAGUGAACAGGAAUACAUUGAUGAUGCUGAUUAUGGUUUAGAUGUUAAGCCAACAAGAGAGGAGCUUGAUGACUUGACAAAAGCCUGCAGCAGGUUAUGGGAACUUGAUUCAAAUCGCUUGGUGCCUGGUAAAGACUAUGAAAUUGACUGUGGAGAAGGAAAGAAGGUUUAUCAGAAGGGGGAUAAGGCAUCAGGAAACCUGUUUAGCUGGCUUAGGGAUGAUACAUUGAGGCGACCAACAUAUUCUCGCUUUUGUUCUCUCCUGGAUAAUUACAACCCAAAUGAAGGAUGUAAGGAGGUCAUUACGUCUCAAGAAAUGCAUGAGCAAGUUGCCUUUAUUGAGGAAAUAAGCAGGACUGCACCAAUCAAAUACCUUUAUAAAUAUUUAGUUUAUAAGGGUGUCAUAUCUGAUGAUUAUGAAGAAUUCAAGAGAAUGAUGAUCGGUCUGUGGUUUGAUCUCUAUGGAAGAGGUGGUGGGUCUGCUUGCUCAUCUGCUUUUGAGCAUGUUUUUGUCGGAGAGAUCAAGGGACGUGGAGAGAAUGAGGUCUCUGGUUUCCACAACUGGAUUCAGUUUUACCUAGAAGAAGCUAAAGGGAGAGUAGACUACCAAGGUUAUAUAUUUCCAAAGAGACGUGGACACAGUCCAGACUCGGAAACUCAGCUCCUCACAAUCCAGUUUGAAUGGAAUGGUGUUCUAAAAUCUGUCUCCAGCUCUUUAGUUGGAGUGAGCCCGGAUUUUGAAAUUGCCCUCUAUACUCUUUGUUUCUUUGUGGGUGGAGAAGAUAAUCAUGUUUAUCUAGGUCCUUAUUCUGUCAAUAUUAAAUGCUAUCGUUUAGGAAACAAAAUUGGGUCUGCAUUUCCUAUGGCUGAAUGUUGAUUUUGGGGUCCACUGACAUAAGAUCAAAGACUGAUGCAAGCUAUGGCUCAUGUGUUUUCUCAAAUCAACCGUUGCAAAAUAUAUGUAAGUGAAUAUCUGGCUCUGUAUAUUUGAAUCGUUAACUAUGGAGGCCACAUCAGCUGUUUACUGUUUUAUGUGUUGUCUCCUAGAAUAAUCAACUAUCAUGUCUUGACAUUACUUGCAUAUUCUUUUGGAUG